AUGGCUAGCCAUAUCAUUGGAAAUCGCAACAGCACCCCGGAAGCCGCUCCGAACUCCACUCUGCGUCCUCCAUCGUCCGCUCGAAACCUCGGAUCGCACCAGCUGCGAGCGUCAGCAGACAUGUCCGGAUUCCCUUCGCCGCUUUCCUCACGCAGUAUGCGUCCAUCCUCGGAGGUUUUCUUCAAUCAACAGAGUCAGAAUUCGACGGAGGAUGCGUUGGACAGGGCAGCUCAACAAUGGCUGGCGGAUAUUGAUCAGAAUGAGACCACACUCGAGGAGAUGGCAGCCGCUACGCUGGACCAGGAUUUCAAGGAUGAGCUUAGUGCUAUCGAGCAGUGGUUUCGCGUUCUGAGUGAAGCAGAGCGCACUGCAGCCCUAUAUGCAUUGCUGCAACAGACCACCCAGGUGCAAAUUCGGUUCUUCAUCCAGGUUCUGCAACAGAUGUCUCAAAGUCACCCGAUGUCCGGGAUUCUUUCUCCGGCUAACUUCGGCGAGAAGGAUGCUAUGUCUAGUCGCUUAAGUGAUGCCAUGUCUAAGCUUAACAUGGACACAUCACGAAACUCCCUGGGUCGGCCCCCACCAUCUCCCGGCGCCAAACGCAACUCGGCUCUCGAUCCCUCUACUAUUAAUGCCAUGUUUCCGGAUGCCGCGGCUGCGAUUGCGAAGAAGAAAGCGGAAUUCACCCAGCAAACCGGCAAUGCACCUCCCUCGAACCGCAACAGCUUGGUCUUCGGAGAGCGUACCUCGUUUGUUGCUCCCACCAUUUCGGCGCCUGACAAUGACAGCCUGAGCCAGCCUCCGGCGUCUCCUUGGGCCCAACGUGGUGGCCUUUCGGACACUCAGCCCCCGAUUGCCCGCCCGAAGUCCUCCUCGGGCCAUCAGCCCAUGGGCCAGUUCAGCCAACCCUCCGCUUCGGGCCUUCGUUCUCCCCUUCCUCAGACCGCCACAAUUCCUGCUCCGGAUAUCGAGCCUCCUUUGCUCUCGCCAUACAAUGUUGGGAACCACAGUUGGGCAUCGAUGACCAACACCCCGAUGACCGCAACCUUUGGCCAGCAAAGUCAAGGCAAUUCCCAGGCCGAUAUGGUGGCCAAUGCGACCGCUAUGAAGCUGGCAGCUUUGUCCACGGUGAACAACCGUAUUGCCCUUGAUGAUGCCCGCAAAUACCGCCGGUCCCGGUCCAAUGAUGGUCAGGGACGGAACUCCGUUAACCAGGCCAUGUCCCAAGGCUUGGCAAGUCCCGGUCUGCCUGGAUCCAACCCUAUGGCUGGACAGUUCCUGAACGCCCAGCAACUCGCCGCUCUGCAGGCUCAGCAGCAAGCUGCCAUGGCGGGUCGGCGGUCUCGCCCCACAUCUCCCGGCAUUGCCAUGCAGGGUGCUGGUGCACUCGGUGGCAUGAACUUUACCUCUCCUCAGAACAACGGAUUCCUCGCGGCUUACGACCCAAACAACCCGUUGAUGGGCAACGGAUUAAGCUCUCUGGGAAUGGGGCAGUUCGGCUUGGGUGGUGAAGGUUAUCUGUCUGAUCAUUCCGAAGUCACUCGUGGACGCUCGCCCCGUGGUCGCCGAGGCAGCUCAAAGCCGCCGGAGGACCCCACGGACCCUACUCUUCUGAAGGAUAUCCCCAGCUGGCUGCGAUCCCUUCGGUUGCACAAGUACACGGAUAAUUUGAAGGAUCUCAAGUGGACCGAGCUGGUUGAACUUGAUGAGAAGGCCUUGGAGGACCGUGGAGUCAACGCACUGGGUGCCCGGAACAAGAUGCUAAAGGUUUUCGAACAAGUCAGAGAAGCUCAGACUGAUGGCAAGCUUGAAAACAUCAUGUGA